AAUGCAGUUUUGACAAUGACUUCAUUGGUUGUUGACGCACAAGUUUUAAAGGCUGAUUCUAUAAAAUUGCAGUGUGUAGACGAUCUAUUUGGAUACGAGAGUUUCACAUAUUUAAAUUGGGAUGAUUUUGAAGCAAUUUUUACAUUGGAUGAGCUGACUGGUUCUGUCAUCACUGCUUAUAUGAUGUUCUUGUAUGAGCAAAUCAAGAAUGGGCCAAAACUUGAUCAUGGUAUUUGUUUUGUGAGCCCGGGUGCAAUCUCGCCAAGUGAACGUAAAUCAAAACGCAAACAUAUUGAUGAUGCAAGUAGAGUGGUUGCAGAUCGAUUGUCAACAAGAAAGGAAAAUGACAUCAUCAUAUUGCCCUACAAUCCCGGGAGUUAA